AUGCGGACUCGCGAAGGCUCGAGCUCGAGUGAAUGCAGUGGUCACCACUGGCCAUUCAACUAUCUUCUUUGUGUUCACUUCGGGCCCAUCACUCUCUCUUUUGCGGAUUGCUUUGAUUGGGGUUGGAGUCAAAUCGAAUGGAAAGGAGCGCUAUCUCAUAUUAAUAUCAUCAACUCCAAUAGAUCAACCAUUCGGGCGCUUCAUUCUUUCUUUAUUCUAUUCCAAGAUAGCUUAAGAAGCAUCUGCAUCUCCGGGAUCCCAACCAGCAGUCAAGAAGAGGAUGAAGCAUUCUUGAACGCUUUACUUUCGUCCGACCUCCACUACAAAUUUGACUUGCCUAAUUUGGAAUGUCUGACAAUCGAUAGCUGCAUUCCCUUCCACUUCUUAACACUAUUUCGGGAGGCUGUCUCGAUUAGAUUACUCAUCUUUGAAAUCGACACCCACAUCACAUUACAACUUCUCAAAGAACUAAUGGAUGACCAGAAUCCGAUCUGGCCAAACCUGAGACACUUUGGUUUUGAAAUGCACGAAAGGAUCCUUACUGAUGAUGAAGUCGAAGAACUGAUGGUGUAUGGCUCGAGACGUGGGGUUGACGUGGUCUGCGAUUACGUAGGAAGAAGCCUAGAAUGGGAACCAGAAAUGGAGGAAGAUGGCGAACAACUGAUGGACGAGCCACUGUAG